AUGGGUAUCAAGGGUCUCACCGCGCUCAUCAACGACUUUGCGCCGAAGGCGAUCAAGCAGGCCGAGAUGAAGACGCUCUUUGGCCGCAAGGUCGCGAUUGAUGCCUCCAUGUCGAUCUACCAGUUCCUCAUCGCCGUGCGCCAGCAAGACGGCCAGCAGCUGAUGAACGAGGCAGGCGAGACGACGUCGCAUCUCAUGGGUCUCUUCUACAGGACCAUCCGCAUGGUCGAGAACGACCUCAAGCCUUGCUACGUCUUCGAUGGCAAGCCGCCGCAGCUCAAGUCCAACGUCCUCAAGAAGCGUUUUUCGAACCGUCAGGAGGCGAAGGAGGACGAGGAGGAGGCAAAGGAGACCGGUACCGCCGAGGAUGUCGACAGGCUCAGCCGUCGCCAGGUCAAGGUUACGAAGGAGCAUAACGAGGAGUGCCGCAGGUUGUUGACGUUGAUGGGCAUUCCUUGGGUCGAGGCUCCGUCUGAAGCCGAGGCGCAGUGCGCUGAGCUCUGCCGCGGCGGUCUCGUCUACGGUGCCGGCUCGGAGGACAUGGACACGCUCACCUUCAAUUCGCCGAUCGUCCUCCGUCACCUCACCUUCUCCGAAGCGCGCAAGAUGCCGAUCGACAUCAUCUCGCUCGAUGAGGUGCUCAAGGGUCUCGACUUGACGAUGGACAAGUUCAUCGACAUGUGCAUGCUCUGCGGCUGCGACUACCUCGAGCCCAUCAAGGGUGUCGGUGCCAAGACCGCUCUCAAGCUCGUCAGGGACUACGAGACGAUGGACGACAUUCUCGCGCACUUGAGGAAGGGCAAGAAUCCUCCGCCUGAGGACUGGCCGUACGAGGAGGCACGCAAGUUGUUCCAGAAGCCGGAUGUCAAGCCAGCGAAGGACAUUGAGCUCAAGUGGGAGGCGCCCGAUGUCGAGGGUCUCGUCGACUUCCUCGUCCGCGAGAAGGGCUUCUCGGAGGAGCGUGUUCGCAAGGGCGCCGACAAGCUCAAGCUGCGCUUGUCCGCCAAGCAGCAGGGUCGUCUCGACGGCUUCUUCACGGUCCAGGCGCCGAAGGACGACGGCAAAAAGAGGAAGGCCGACGAUAAGAAGGACGCGAAGGGCGGCAAGAAGGCCAAGACGGACUCGAAGGCCAAGGGCAAGAAGAAGUGA